UUAAACAAACCUCAUGCCUGUUCCGGCGACGGUGACGUUAUCUCCACCCUCAUCUUUGAUCACUCGUAAUUGCUUCUUCAACUUUGAAAGUCGAUAUAUAAAGAAACAAUUUCGUCUUUGUCCCCUUCUCAAUUUACUUGCUUUUUUUUCUUUUUGUUUGGAAAAGUAGUAUUGUAAUGAACGCACUCACAGCCGGCCUCAAGCACAAAUUUCGAUACAAACACAAACAGAGCAUUCCAUUAAUCUUACCUCCAGCUUCUAACACAAAUAUGAUAUAAUCAAUGUUCAUUUUCCUCAAUUCAAACAAUUUGCAUCAAAUAUCACUCGUUGAUUCCCUCUUUUUAUGAGUUUCAAUCAUGCCCCACAUCCACAAAUUCAUUCCCUCACACAUUUACUCUCUUCUUCUGCUUACUGUUGCAAUACUCUCUGUUUUUUCCCCUGUUCUUGCCGGUGAAUCAUCGCCCGAAACUUCCGAUAUCCGAGGCGGUUACUGGCUUUCAUGGCUAGCCCAAAACUUCCCUCCGUCGGCAAUCUCCACCUCCCAUUUCACCCACCUCUUCUACGCAUUCCUCGAGCCAAAUAACGUAACCUUCGAAUUGAUAAUCACUCCCAACGACGACCAAUGGAUGAGAAAUUUCACCUCCACCAUUCACGCCGUCGACUCCCAAAUCAAAACCAUCCUCUCAAUCGGUGGUGGCGGCUCCUCUGUUCCCAUAUUUUCUGCCAUGGCUGCUACCCAGACCACCCGCUCCGCCUUCAUCGCCUCCACCAUCUCCAACGCAAGAUUCUACGGCUUUGACGGCCUUGAUCUAGAUUGGGAAUUCCCAAAUUCCACAGACGACAUGUCCAAUUUGUCUUUGCUCUUCCAAGAAUGGCGUCAAGCAAUCGAAACAGAAUCCUCCUCGAACAUCGGCCGAGCUCCACUGAGCUUAUCGGCAGCCGUCUCGUACGCUUCCAGUUUUCAAUCGCCGCCGAGAUCGUACCCUGCCGACGCCAUAACCAAGUUCGUCGAUUUCGUCAGUCCAAUGUGCUUCGAUUACUUCGGAAAAUGGACGCCAUCGGCUACCGGAUCACAGGCUCAACUCUUCGAUAAAACAAGCAAUUUGAGCACCAGCUACGGCGUAAAUUCGUGGAUAGAGGCUGGGGUUCCGCCGGAGAAAUUGGUAAUGGGGUUGCCGGUGUACGGGAGGACGUGGCGGUUGAAGAAUGGUUGUGAUCAUGGGAUUGGAGCGCCGGCGGAGGGAGUGGGGCCAGGAAAUGAUGGUGUUAUGAUCUAUUCUGACGUGUUGGAUUUUAAUUCGGCAAAUGGCGCCACGGUGGUGUUCGAUACGGAGUCCGUUUCGACGUAUUCGUUCGCGGGAACCACUUGGAUUGGGUAUGAUGGGCCGAGUUCUAUUGAUGAGAAGGUUAAGUUUGCCAAGGCCCAUGGGCUUCGUGGGUACUUCUUUUGGGCCCUUGGAUAUGAUAAGAAUUGGACCAUUGCUGAAACAGCUCAAAAUGCAUGGAUGUGUGGGUGAUGAUAAAAUUUUAAUUCGAUAUAAGAGAGAUUCAUUUUUCUUGAUUUAGAGCGCAACCAAAACAUAGUUCAAGUGACAAGUUAUUAUAGAUUCUUUUAUUGGAAUCUUUCUUAAUAGUAUUUUCAAAUAAGAUAUCGAAUUCACUUAUGUCUAGUUGUAUUGAAAGUAACAUGUAUACCCAUUAAAAUGAUUUGUCUAAGUACUUCAACGUUGUUUCGCUAAACAAAGAAUAAGAUUCAUUUUCAUCCUUCAUGACUUAUUAGUCUUUAAUAUAUAAAAAAUUAAAUCCUAAAUUUUAGAUCUUCUAGAUGAUGUUUUUUUAUACAAUCCACGUUGUAAAAUUGCCAUCUAUGUUUAGAUUGAUUUUUUUAAAGUAUUUACAAGCUCUCUUUUUAAAAUGGUAAAACGACAAUUAAAAAGUUAAUCUAAACAUGCAUUACACGAACCAUUUUUAUUUAAAUUAAAUAAUUUAACUACGAGAUAUUUAUAUAAUUUUUGUAGAAGAAAAAAAACAUAUAAAUAUAGUUAUUAAUAAAUUGAGCACAUUUAUUUUGAUUUUGAUUGGAAAGUGAAAACACAUUCAUCCCAAUCCAUUCAAAUCUAAACAUUUGUAUGGUGACAUUUUAGGUCAAACAUCAUGUUUUCAAAUAAACCAAUAAUUACAUUAAAUAACAAAAUUUCUACAUAAUACUUCAAUCAAUAUAUUAGCUUUCUAAUAAUAUGUUAUUUAAAUAUUUUGGUGAUCAUCACAUAUAUAAUACUAAACAAAAA